AUGGCACACAAGCUCUCAGAACCCUACUCGGGGAAGAACCCGGUACCCAGCAUCACCACCAAGCUCACGUCGCUCGUCAACCCACAAAAGGCCGGGGAAGCCAAGGCGCAGCAACUCCAGGACCAGAGCGUCCGACAUGAGGAGAAGCAGACCGAGAAGACUGCGCGGAGGCUCGCGAAGGGCCAUGUCAUGCACGUAACGGACCCCACGACCGGCGAGGAGCUCGACAUUCGCAACGCGGACGAAGAUCCGGACACGCACUCCAAGGGAGAGAAUGUUUUGCAUCAUGAAUUUCCUCCUCCUGACUGGAAGGAACAUCGUGACAAGAUGCUUUCUAUCACAAACUCCAGCAUCACCUACAUCGCCACCGCAUUUGUUGGUGCCUUCCUCUUCUCGACGCUAUUUUCUGGCGUCACCGCCCGGGUGCUAUGUCUAAUACCACCCGCGUUCUUGAGCUACUCCCUUUUCUUCCGCAUGAACAAGGCCUCUGAGGCAGACUUUGAGCAACGGAUGUGGCACGCGGAGCGGAUGCGUGGCUUGGCAGCUGGAUCAGAUGUCGACGGCGACGGCAAGGUCACCGACGAGGAGCGCACGCGCGAGAGCGCGGAGUGGGCGAACGCGCUUGUCCGUGGGCUCUGGCCGAUCCUGAACACCGACCUGUUCAGCUCCCUCAUCGACAUGCUUGAGGACAUCAUGCAAUCAUCCGUCCCGAAGUUCAUCCAUUCUGUUCGCGUGGCGGACAUGGGUUUGGGCUCGAACGCCGGUCGCAUAACGUCCAUCCGGUCACUCCCUGAUGCGAAGACUCACGACACCGGCAAUCCCGGCGACGCGCAAGACACACUCGCCGCGAUGGGCAUCGACGGUGACACGGUCAGCCCGGACGACCGAGACGCUCUGGAUGGCGACCACGUCAACCUCGAGGUGUCGUUCGCGUACCAGGGGCUCCCAAGCGGGAAGUCUGCCGCGAGCAAAGCGCGCAACAUUCAUUUGCUGGUCGAGUUCUUCCUCGGGAUGAAGGGCGUGUUCGGCUUCCGUGUUCCUGUCUGGGUCGAGGUCACCGGCGUCGUCGGGACUGCUCGCGCAAGGCUCCAGCUCAUCCCGGAUCCGCCCUUUGUUAAGACGACUUUGGUUUCUUUGAUGGGUCUCCCCCGCAUCACUAUCUCUGCCACACCCCUGAGCAAAACGCUACCGAACGUCAUGAACUUGCCGUUCAUCUCUGGGUUCAUCUCCAGCGCCCUCGACACUGCCGCGGCGGAGUACGUCGCCCCGAAGAGUCUAACAUUGGACCUCCAGGCCCUCAUCAGCGGAGACGAUAUCAAGAAAGACACGGAAGCUAUCGGUAUCCUCGUCGUGCACAUCCACAGAGCGACUGGUAUCAAGAAGAUGGACACGACAGGCAGCUCCGCAGAUCCGUACGUGACGCUCACGUACUCGCGGCUCGAGAAGCCGCUCUACUCGACGCGCAUCAUCAAGGACGACUGCAACCCUGUGUACGAGGAGACCGCGGUUCUGCUCGUCGACGUGAACACGGUGAAGCUGCGCGAGAAGCUCAGCUUCCAGCUGUGGGACUCUGAUCGCAUGAGCGUCGACGACAUGAUGGGCUACGUCGAAAUCGACAUCGUCGACCUCCUCCGCGAGCGGGGCAAGCCCACACGGCGUGUCUCCCCACUGACGAGCCCCGACUCACAAGACCGACCAGGCUCGCUCGAGUACACCGUCGGGUACUACGGCAAGCUUCCGCCAAACAAGGGUCUCACGACGGACGGCUCCGACCCAAGCCUGCCAGACGACCUCCGCGAGCGGCCGGAGUUCAAGGACGCUCGCGCAGUCGCGCUCAACGACCUCGAGGCAGCCGUGCUCGUGACGCCGCCGGACCCAGAGUGGGCGAGCGGGCUCGUGAGCGUGCAGGUGCACGAGAUCCGCGACCUCACGGUGAAGACGGUGGGCAAGGAGCACAAGGGCGGGCAUCGCGAGGGCGAGAAGGGCCAGGACGACGGCGAAGAGACGGCGGAGGAGGGCGAGGGCCUGCCGUCCUCGUAUUGCACAAUCUCCUUGAAUGACGAACUGGUGUACGAGACUCGCGUAAAGCCGAUCACGAGCUCGCCGAUGUUCAAUGCAGGCACGGAGCGUUUCGUCAGGGAUUGGCGGAAGGCGCACGUCACGGUGACUGUCAAGGAUUCUCGUUUGCGCGAGAACGACGCGGUGCUCGGGACCGUGUUCCUCAAGCUAUCCGAGGUCUUCGUGAAUGCCUCCGAAGUCACCCGGUGCUAUUCUCUCGAGAAGGGCCUCGGCACCGGGCGCAUCCGCAUUUCACUUCUCUUCCGCCCCGUCGAGGCCAAGCUACCGCCGAACCUACUCGGCUUCGACACAGGCACCCUCGAGAUCCGCGACGUCUCCGUGCGCUCCGACCUCAUCGACCUAGCCAAGUGCGAAAUCCGCAUGAAGACGACCACCACGGAUGCCGUAGAGAAAGUCGCGCGCAAGGCAGCCGAACGACGCGGAGACCAGGUCGUCUGGGCGAACGACGGCGCAACGAAGCUGGCCGUGCGGCAGCGCUACGCCACGGCUCUCCUCGUCUCCUUCCGCGACAAGUCCGGGUUCAAGAGCUCCGGCCGCAAGGCGCUCGCGGUGCUCUGGCUGCGCGACCUCGUCGACCGCGCGGAGGGCCUCGUCGAGGCCGCGCUCUGGCGCGUCAAGGACGGCGACUACUCGCGCCUGAAGCUCAACUACGUCCCGCCCGACGGGGAUCUCGCGUACUGGGACAGCGACAAGGAGAAAGUCGAGCGCGUCGGCACCGUCACGCUCGAGAUCGCGUUCUGGCCGGGCAUCGCGGAGAAGCACCAGGAGAUGCUGGGUGGGGCGGGGGCGAAGAAGCGUGCGGCGUGGGACGAGUUCGACAGGCAGCGCGCGGCUGGCUUCCGCGACUCGAUCGGGGAGCUCGAUACGCAGACUCCGCAGGACCAUCAGGCGAGCGAGAGUCACGAGACGGAGGCGCAGGAUGGAGAGCGGCAGGGGUCGGGGAAGACCGACGCGACGAUGACGGAUGGCCCGGUGAAUGCGCAGGAUGGCGACCAGGAAAACGCGGGGCCAGACGAAGAGCAGCAUGGCACGAACACAACAGUCUCUGCGGAUGAUGUGGAGGUCGAGUCGGAGGCGGACCCCGAGCUGCACAAGGACGAGGAGACUGGGGAAUCCAGCGACGCGGACAGCGGAAAGAAGAAACCGGGCGUCAUUGGGAAGGUCAAGGAGUGGCGAGAGCACGAGAAGGAGCUGCAUCGCGACCACCGUGGGAUCAUGCAGGCGAAGCCGGCGCGCACGGCGGAGUGGUUGAAGGACAACAUCGAGGAGGGUGCGCAUGCUGUGAAAGAGCGCUUCAAGAUGAAGGCGCGAAGGCCAGACGUCGAGACAGAGGUAUGA